UGGUUCGCGGGCCCACAGCUCCUGUCCUGGCGCGCGCAGCUGCAGCCGCGGACUCCGGCAGGCCGGGGCCGGCGCGCCGAUGCGGGCCCGGGGAGGCACCUGGGGCGCCCAGGCUCCGGGGUGGCGCGGGGUCCCUGCCAGCCGCGGUGUGUGGCCGGCGUGCAGGGACCGGGUGGGCGCAGGCAGCGGUCCCAGCGCCCGGCCGCGCCACCGUGAGUUAUGCGGGAGGCUGGUCUCGCGCUCUCGGCGCCCAAGUUCCCUGGCAACUUUAGCCCGCGCCGAGCGGAGAGCGCCCCCGGGAACGCCGGCCACGCGUCACACCUGAGCCGGGGCUGCCAGACCGAGCCAGCAGAGCCAGGGAAGCCAUGCCGCGCAGCCCGACGUCCAGCGAGGACGAGAUGGCCCCGAGCGUCUCGGACGACUCCGAGGGCUCCGAGUCGGACAGCUCCAGAGAGGAGACCAUCUACGACACCAUCCGGGCCACCGCACAAAAGCCGGGCGGGGCGCACACGGAGGAGAACCAGGGCAACACACUGGUCAUCCGCGUGGUCAUCCCGGACCUGCAGCAGACGAAGUGCAUCCGCUUCAACCCGGACGCCACGGUGUGGACCGCCAAGCAGCGGAUCCUGUGCACCUUGACGCAGAGCCUGAAGGACGUCCUCAACUACGGGCUCUUCCAGCCGGCCAGCAACGGGCGCCACGGCAAGUUCCUGGACGAGGAGCGGCUGCUGCGGGAGUACCCGCAGCCCGUGGGCGCGGGCGUGCCGUCCCUGGAGUUUCGCUACAAGAAGCGGGUGUACAAGUCCAGCCUGGACGAGAAGCAGCUGGCCAAGCUCCACUCCAAGACCAAUCUGAAAAAAUUCAUGGAUCACAUUCAGCAUCGGUCAGUGGAGAAGAUGGUGAAGAUGCUGGACCGAGGCCUGGAUCCCAACUUCCACGACCUGGACACUGGAGAGACCCCGCUGACCCUGGCUGCUCAGCUGGACGACCCCGCGGAGGCCAUCAAAGCUCUCAGGAACGGCGGGGCUCACCUGGACUUCCGCGCUAAGGAUGGGAUGACCGCCCUACACAAAGCCGCCCGCGCCAGGAACCCUGGGGCCCUGAAGACCCUGUUGGAGCUCGGGGCUUCCCCGGACUACAAGGACAGCUACGGCCUCACGCCCCUGUACCACACGGCCAUCGUCGGCGGCGACCCCUACUGCUGCGAGCUCCUGCUGCAUGAGCACGCUGCCGUGUGCUGCCGGGAUGAGAACGGCUGGCACGAGGUCCACCAGGCCUGCAGGUACGGGCACGUGCAGCAGCUGGAACACCUGCUCUUCUACGGGGCCGACAUGAGCGCCCAGAACGCCUCGGGGAACACGGCCCUGCACAUCUGCGCCCUCUACAACCAGGACAGCUGUGCCCGGGUGCUGCUGUUUCGAGGGGGCAACAAAGAACUGAAGAACUACAACAGCCAGACUCCGUUCCAGGUGGCGAUCAUCGCGGGGAACUUUGAGCUGGCCGAGUACAUCAAGAACCACAAGGAGACGGAUGUCGUGCCCUUCCGAGAGGCCCCGGCCUACUCCAACCGCAGGCGGCGGCCCCCCAACACGCUGGCUGCCCCCCGGGUCCUGCUGCGCUCCAACAGUGACAACAACCUCAAUGCCAGCGCGCCCGCCUGGGCCGUGGGCCCCACGGCCCCCGCCCACCGCAGCCUCUCGCCCCAGCUGCUCCAGCAGAUGCCCGGCAAGGCCGAGAGCGCUGUGAAGACCCUCGCGAGCUACAUCCCUGGGCCCCGCAGCCCGUCCCCAUCGCUCAACAGGCUGGGUGGUGCCGGCGAGGACAGCACGCGGCCCCAGCCGCACUGGCAUGUUGGGUCACCUUUUGCCCCUGGUGCCAGCAAGGACCCACUGUCUGCCUCCGAUUACCCGGGGCCCAGGAGGAAGCUGUACAGUGCAGUGCCUGGGAGGUUGUUCGUCGUCGUCAAGCCAUACCAACCCCAAGUCGACGGCGAGAUCCCCCUCCACCGUGGCGACAGGGUUAAAGUCCUGAGCAUCGGCGAAGGCGGCUUCUGGGAGGGCAGUGCCCGCGGCCAUGUCGGGUGGUUCCCGGCCGCGUGCGUGGAGGAGGUGCACUGCAAGCUCAGGGACAGCCAGGCAGAAACCCGUGCGGACCGCAGCAAGAAGCUCUUCAGGCACUACACGGUGGGCUCCUACGACAGCUUCGACGCCGUCAGCGACUGCAUCAUCGACGAGAAGACAGUGGUCCUGCAGAAGAAAGACAGCGAGGGCUUUGGCUUCGUGCUCCGGGGGGCAAAAGCUGACACGCCCAUUGAAGAAUUCACACCCACGCCCGCCUUCCCGGCCCUGCAGUACCUGGAGUCCGUGGACGAGGGCGGGGUGGCAUGGCAAGCCGGGCUGCGGACCGGGGACUUCCUGAUUGAGGUCAACAGUGAGAAUGUCGUCAAGGUUGGCCACAGGCAGGUAGUGAACAUGAUCCGUCAAGGAGGGAACCACCUGGUCCUCAAGGUGGUCACAGUGACCAGGAGCCUGGACCCCGACGACACGGCCAGGAAGAAAGCUCCCCCCCCUCCAAAGCGAGCCCCGACCACGGCCCUCACCCUGCGCUCCAAGUCCAUGACCUCGGAGCUGGAGGAGCUCGUGGAUAAAGCCUCGGUCCGGAAGAAGAAGGAUAAGCCUGACGAGAUCGUGCCGGCCGCCAAGCCCUCCCGAACUGCCGAGAGUGUGGCCGUGGAGUCCAGGGUGGCGACCAUCAAGCAGCGGCCCACCAGCCGGUGCUUCCCUGCCCUCUCGGACAUGAACUCCGUGUACGAGCGCCAAGGCAUUGCUGUGAUGACGCCCACCGUUCCUGGGAGCCCAAAAGGCCCGUUUCUGGGUCUCCCUCGAGGUACGAUGCGAAGGCAGAAAUCCAUAGACAGCAGGCUCUUUCUAUCAGGGAUAACGGAGGAGGAGCGGCAGUUCCUGGCCCCCCCGAUGCUCAAGUUCACGAGGAGCCUGUCCAUGCCUGACACCUCUGAGGACAUCCCCCCACCACCCCAGGCCGUGCCCCCAUCUCCACCGCCACCCUCCCCCACCACCUACAACUGCCCCAAGUCCCCAAGCCCCAGGGUCUAUGGGACAGUCAAGCCCGCGUUCAGUCAGAACCCCGCCGCCAAGGUAUCCCCGGCCAUGAGGUCGGACACGGUGGCCACCGUGAUGCGGGACAAGGGGCUCUUCUACCGCCGAGAGCUGGACCGCUACUCCCUGGACUCGGAGGACAUGUACGGCCGCAACGCCAGCCCCCAGGCCAACUUCCGCAACAAGCGGGGUCAGAUGCCCGAGAACCCGUACUCGGAGGUGGGGAAGAUCGCCAGCAAAGCCGUCUACGUGCCCGCCAAGCCUGCCAGGCGGAAGGGGAUGCUGGUGAAGCAGUCCAACGUGGAGGACAGCCCCGAGAAGACAUGCUCCAUCCCCAUCCCCACCAUCAUCGUCAAGGAGCCUUCCACCAGCAGCAGCGGCAAGAGCAGUCAGGGCAGCAGCAUGGAGAUCGAGCCCCAGGCCGCGGAGCCGCCGGGCCAGCUGCGGCCGGACGACAGCCUGACCGUCAGCAGCCCCUUCGCUGCCGCCAUUGCCGGGGCCGUCCGAGACCGGGAGAAGCGGCUGGAGGCCAGGAGGAACUCCCCGGCCUUCCUCUCCACGGACCUGGGGGAUGAGGACGUGGGCCUGGGGCUCCCCGCCCCCAGGAUUCAGCCCCCCGAGUUCCCAGAGGAGGGCGACUUUGGCGAUGAGGAUGGCGCCGAGGAGCUGGUGUUGCCCACGCCAGGAGCAGCGCCCAGGGAGCCCGAGAAUCACUUUGUGGGUGGUGGCGAAGCCAGCGCUCAGGGUGAGGCCGGGAGGCCCCUCAAUGCCACAUCCAAAGCCAAGGGGCCCGAGGGCAGCCCCACAGCCGGCCCAGAGAAUUACGUCCACCCGCUCACGGGCCGGCUGCUGGACCCCAGCUCCCCGCUGGCCCUGGCGCUCUCAGCCCGGGACCGAGCCAUUAAGGAGUCCCAGCAGGGCCCCAAGGGGGAGGCCGCCAAGGCCGACCUCAACAAACCUCUCUACAUCGAUACCAAAAUGCGGCCCAGUGCGGAAGCCGGCUUCCCCCCGGUCACCAGGCAGAACACCCGGGGGCCCCUGCGGCGGCAGGAGACAGAGAACAAGUACGAGAGCGACGCAGGCAAGGACCGGCGAGGCGACGGCAUGAAGAACACGCUCAUCGACAUCGUGGACACGGCGCAGCGCAAGCCGGCCGGCCUGCUGAUGGUGCACACCGUGGACACCACAGAGGCCGACGGCUCCCUGGAGGAAGAGGACGAGCACGCGGGCCUGGAGCUGAAGCCAGACAGCUCACUGGCCGAGGUGCCAGAAGGCACUGCCGAACCCGAAGGUGCUUUACAGAUCUCCGCCGCCCCCGAGCCCACCGCCACGCCCGGCAGGACCAUCGUGCCGGCGGGCUCCAUGGAAGAGGCGGUGAUUUUGCCAUUCCGCAUCCCCCCUCCCCCUCUGGCAUCUGUGGACUUGGAUGAGGAGUUUAUUUUUACAGAGCCAUUGCCUCCUCCCCUGGAAUUUGCCAACAGUUUUGAUAUCCCCGAUGACCGCGUUGCUUCCGUGCCCGCUCUCACAGACUUGGUCAAGCCGAAGAGAAACGACACCCCUCCGUCCCCUUCGCUGACCUCCGCCCAGCCGAUCAACCCUGCCGACACUAAGAAGCCGGCUGGCCUUUCAAACUGCCUGCCCGCCCCAUUCCUGCCGCCCCCCGAGAGCCUCGAUGCUGUCGCCGACUCGGGCAUCGAGGAGGUAGACAGCCGGAGCGGCAGCGACCACCACCUCGAGACGACCAGCACCAUGUCCACGGUGUCCAGCAUCUCCACCCUGUCCUCUGAGGGCGGGGAGAGCGCGGACACCUGCACGGUCUAUGCAGACGGGCAAGCCUUUGGGGCUGACAAACCCCCAGUACCUCCGAAGCCAAAAAUGAAGCCCAUAAUUCCCAAGAGCAAUGCACUUUACCAAGACGCGCUCGUCGAGGAGGACGUGGACAGCUUUGUGCUCCCCCCACCCGCGCCCCCGCCCCCGCCAGGAGGAGUCCCGCCUGGGAUGGCCAAAGUCCUCCAGCCGAGGACCUCCAAGUUGUGGGGCGAUGUCACGGAGGUCAAGGGCCCGAUCCUCUCGGGCCCCAAGGCAAACGUUAUUAGUGAAUUGAACUCAAUCCUGCAGCAAAUGAACCGAGAGAAAUCGGUGAAGCCAGGGGAAGGCCUGGACUUGCCGGCCGGAGCCAAGUCCGCCAGCCUCGCUCCCAGAAGCCCAGAGGUCAUGAGCACCGUCUCAGGUACACGGAGCACGACGGUCACCUUCACUGUCCGCCCCGGCACCUCCCAGCCCAUCACCCUGCAGAGCCGGCCCCCCGACUACGAAAGCAGGACCUCAGGAACGAGACGUGCCCCCAGCCCUGUGGUCUCGCCGACGGAGCUCACCAAGGAGAUCCUGCCCGCUCCCCCGUCUGCUGCCGCCGCAUCCCCUUCCCCCACGCUCUCCGACGUCUUUAGCCUUCCAAGCCAGCCGCCUUCCGGGGACCUGUUUGGCUUGAACCCAGCGGGACGCAGCAGGUCGCCAUCUCCCUCGAUACUGCAACAGCCAAUCUCAAAUAAGCCUUUUACAACUAAGCCUGUCCACCUGUGGACUAAACCAGACGUGGCGGACUGGCUGGAGAGCCUCAACCUGGGCGAGCACAAGGAGACCUUCAUGGACAACGAGAUCGACGGCAGCCACCUGCCCAACCUGCAGAAGGAGGACCUGAUCGACCUGGGCGUGACGCGCGUGGGCCACAGGAUGAACAUCGAGAGGGCUCUGAAGCAGCUGCUGGACAGAUAAGGGUGGCCGCGCCGCGCCUCCACGGACCACUUCCUGUUAUAAGUAGAGAUGGGCUUACCCCGAGAGCGUGGCCGGCCAAGCGCCAACCCCGUCCCGUGGGUCUUCUCCUGGCACCCAAAGAAACGCUGACAGUGUCCACCGCGUGGCUCUCUGUGGGUUUCUCGGGCAGUUUCUGUCAGCAGGGACAAGGGGAGAGUUUUUCUAACGUGGGAAAGUUCCCAGCCUGCCUCCCAGCCCGAGGGGCGUCCCGUGGGGGUCUGCACGGGUCCUUGAUCCUGCAGGCAGACGCCCACAUCUCCAGAUACCUCCUGAGGCCUCCCCUCCGCACUCCGGGCAGCUGUCCCCCAGGUCCCACCAGAGGCCUGCCCUGGGUCUGUGUCCCCCAGAGGAAGUGCCCCUCGCUCCUGAACUCUGCUUGCAGAGGUGCUCCCGGCAGCCCCUCCUGCCCAGGCCUGGCCAUGAGGUCUGGGCAGUGGGGGGUCUGGAGGGGAUCGUGCUCAGCUUUGCUUGGCUUGCUUUCUUUCUGCAAACCCAUCAGGGUAAUUCCAAGGUGGGCCAACAUGUCACACGGAGUCAGUCAAAGCACAAAGUCACGAUCCAGGAAGCAGGGCGCCCUGGCCAAGUGGGCCCAAGGCCCCAGGACGAGAGCUGUGGUCUGCCGGGAGCAUCCAUCCAGGGUGGACACGGCCUCACGGAGGUCUGCAGACACCCACUCUGAGACGCAAGGCAGAAGACACCCGGUGCUCAGCAGGCCUGCACUGCCAGCAGGCCGGACGGGGCCUCCGGGGAGCUGGGGAACGCCGUGACCACCACCGUGAGCCCGGCUUGGUUGAGCGCCUCCGCUCAGAGGCCAGGGAAGACGGUACUUAGGGGCUUGCCGCCAUCCCCUCUGGGUGUCCAGGAACCCCACCAGCUUGUCUUAACAGUACCACAGGGUCUUGGAGGGCCCAUGGGCAUGGAGCGUAGAGCAGACCCGGCGCUGAAGACAGAGGCUGCGGGGUCAGGGUGACACGCAGGGGCGUGAAGAACCGAAGGCAGGGAGCCCGCCCCUCGUCCCCUGUAACAAUACCUCUAGUGUCCGAGGGGGGUCACGGGCUGCGCGUGGGCCGCAGAACACCCAGUCAGGCUUCCAGCACAUUCUCCCACACUUGGAGAAGACGCAAAUGUCAGCUGUUUGGUUUUGUUAUGAUUUCAGAACUAGCCCAGCCCAUCUCUAAUUAUAAAACGUGAUUUUUUUUUCCCUUUAUGCUCACGGCCAAGUGUCUGAUCAGGUCUGGAACUGCUCUAGAAUGAACACAUAAAAUUUAGCAAUUUAAAGUCUUUCUUUACUGCAAGUUUAGAUAGUUGUACAGAUAGUUUAUAAGCACAAUAUUUUAAGAAAAAAAAAGUGGCUGGUCUACCAGGCAGCCUUUGUGCCACUUCAGUGCUAGAAAGUUAAAGAAAAACAAACCUUUUGUGAUUUAAUAACACCAUUUCUGUGGAAGAAUUCUACAAGUCUGACCUUUUUAAAUCAACAUUCUCUGGAUGCAUCUGAACCAGCAGAGCUGUGUCGCAUUUUCUAUCUUUGCUAGAACUUCCUCACUCAAGGACAGCUAACUCUUAAAGCGGUUACAAUUCCUAAGGAACACACGCACCCGCCCUCGGGGCGGAGGCUGCAGCCUGGGACAGCCCGUGUCCCCAGCCUCCCCCGACCCGGUCCCCCGAACGCGCCAGUGCUGGGGCGCCGGGCAUCCACGCCCCUCCCUCCACAGCCGCUCUAGAGCAAGUUCACGCCCAGACGCAAGGGCGGCCCACGGGAACUGCGAAUCGGUGGUUCGGCCAUUAAUUUGUCUUCCAUUCAGUGGUUUUGCAAAAUGUAGUCAGCCCAGCCCCUCCCCCUGGCUCCACUCUCCUUCCCCAACGUUGGUCUUUGCGAGACGCUCAGUGCCAGGCCAGAGGCUCGAGAGGAGGAGGGGCCGAGACCCACAGCGCGGGGAGCUCGGGUGGGCUUUGGCAGUGGCUGCUCCCCCCUCCUCCUAAAGGGACUCCCAGCCACGUGCCACUGACCAGGUGCAAGCUGAGGAGCGAGUUUGUUUUCCCCGUGACUAAGGAGGGAGAAGCAGUGGGACCCACCAGAGCCUGCACUGACCAAACCCACACACAGUGCCGAGCGGAAGCCGCCGCCAGCUCUGUCGGAGAUCUCGCCACAGAGAGCAAUAGAUCCUCACACACACACCCUACCGCCACUGUCCUCCCGGGGACACGUCAGGCCCAGGCCCUACCCACAACCCCACACGGUGGGACAAACUGCUCAUCUUGCUGUCCCUCCAGGUUUUAAGAUCCACUUCUGUUCUAUACUGUAAUUUAACCAGACUGCAUUUCCACGCCUAGUUUCUGUACCAUUAUGUAUACAAAACCAAAACCUCCCGAGUGCGCCGCCCCCACUCCCCGACCGGCGCGUGCACACUUUAAGUUAACUCACGGAACACGAAACUGACUCGAUGUGACUGCUGAUCUGCUGACCCUCCCAGUAUCGCAGGGUGGACACCGAGGUCCUCUGCUGACGGAACGGUGACCCUGUCCCCCGAGUCACAGGACGCAGCACUGCCCAGCUGACCUGGCAAUGGCUUUUUGUGUGUGGGCCACAAUACUGAUUUUCCCAUUACGGUUUUUUGUUUUUAAAUACUAACAUGUUUCACACUAUAGUUUGUGUAACAACAUGUGUUCCCAAUAUCUAUAUUCUUGUUACUUUUGUGCUUUUAUUCUUUUUAGACUUUAUUAAAAAAAAAAAAAAAGCUCCUGUAAUUUGCACUCUCUCCCAAUCCUUCAAUCUCUUGUAUGGCAACCAAAAUUACUGUAAAAAAAUAAAUAUACUAUUGCACUACC